CUUCGCCGUGCAAAUGCCAACGAGACUUCUCAGGCUUCGGCACAAGAGCGUGCCCUAAGAUUGGCCUCAUUAGUCGGAAGCCACUCUGCCCCUGGUUCCCGGACGCAGUCUCCUGUUCAUUCGCCCGUUCUUUCACCACCACCAGCACCGACAUCCGGCUUGCCCGUCCGUGUCGAUGAUAUACCCAUGAUCGAUCUCAACGGCCAACGAUAUCCUGAAGAAGACGAAGACUCUCUUAAGAAGGAACCGGUGCCCGAGCCGGCUCCAAGGCCUGCCAGGACCACUAGUGAGGCUCACAAGCUUGUCCGAGCACACACGAAGCGUGAGCCAUUCCACCUGUUUCGCGUCAUCUCCCAGAACAGCAAUGGCGGCCCUCGUUCCGGUACGACAACGCCGACUGGUGCUCAGGAUGGAGAAGGCUACGUGCCGCCCCCUCAACAAUAUCGCGGUGGAGUCUUGUCCUCACUUUUGAAGCUUUAUAGCCCGCCCAAUGGAGGCACACCAAGCACUCCAGGGACCCCGGGACAUUUUCCAUAUCGUCAUCUCCGGGCUGCUAGCAGCAGCGCUGUGAGUCUGGCCGAUCAUACGCCGCUCACCUCUCCGCCCCAUUCGCCAAGCUCUUCUGGUGCCAUGACGCCCAAGCCAAAACCGCAGAAGUGGUAUUACAAGCAGAAUGAGCAUAAGCAUUCCAGCAGCGAUGUCUUUUCCCACCUUAUCGGCUCAUCCUCCAUGCUCGCAUCACCGGCUGCCUUUGCUGGUGCCGAAGCCGACACUCGAGAUCAGUACAAGUUCCACACCCCGCAGCGAUCCCGUGCACAACGAGGCUCCUGGGGUGCUCACGGCCGCAAGAACAAGCCUCGACUCGAAGAUGAAAUUAAAAUCACUGUUCAUAUUGCAGAGAUUCUCUCUCGACAACGCUAUCUUCUCAAGAUCUGCCGAGCUUUGAUGGCUUACGGAGCGCCCACCCAUCGUCUUGAAGAGUAUCUGAAAAUGUCUGCUCGCGUUCUCGAGAUCGAAGGGCAAUUUCUCUAUAUCCCUGGUUGCAUGGUCAUUUCUUUUGAUGACCCGUCCACUCAUACCACCGAAGUCAAACUCGUCCGCACCGCUCAAGGCGUUGACUUGGGAAAGCUGCGCGAUACGCAUGACGUUUACAAGGAGGUCGUUCACGACGUCAUUGGUGUCGAAGAGGCUACGCAGCGUUUGGAUGAGAUCAUGAAGCGGAAACCCAAAAAUCCCAAGUGGCUGCUCAUUCUCAUCUACGGUCUCGCCAGCGCCUCCGUGGGUCCAUUUGCCUUUGAAGCCGACUGGAUCGACCUGCCAGUCAUGUUCAUCUUGGGCAUGGUUCUUGGUGUCCUUCAACUCAUUGUCGCUCCACUGUCAGACUUGUACGCGAAUGUCUUUGAGAUUGCCGCCGCUGUGCUCACGAGCUUUUUGGCGCGGGCAUUUGGAUCGAUCCCUCGCGGUCCGCACGGUCGAAUGUUUUGCUUCUCGGCCCUUGCGCAGUCGUCCAUUGCGCUCAUCUUGCCUGGGUAUAUGGUGCUGUGCGCCUCGCUGGAAUUGCAAUCCCGCAGUAUCAUCGCCGGCGCUGUGCGCAUGGUCAACGCCAUCAUCUACUCGUUAUUCCUGGGCUUCGGUAUCACCAUCGGAUCAGUCAUCUACGGUGCCAUGGACGGGAAUGCCGUGUCCCAGACGAAAUGCGAGCGCUCAAUGGGCAAUUAUUGGGGCUUCCUCUUUGUACCAAUUUUCACCCUCUGUCUGCUCAUCAUCAACCAGGCCAAGUGGAAGCAAGCGCCAGUGAUGCUCAUCAUUUCUUUUGCUGGCUACAUGGUCAAUUUUUUCUCCAGCAAACGGUUCCCGAGCAAUGCACAGAUCAGCCAAACCCUUGGUGCAUUUACCGUCGGCGUCCUCGGCAACUUUUACUCCCGUCUCCGCCAUGGUGUGGCCGCCGCGGCCUUGUUACCGGCCAUUUUUGUCCAGGUGCCUUCUGGUCUCGCGGCCGGUGGAAGUCUCAUCAGCGGCGUCAAACAAGCCGACCAGAUUGUGCAUAACACCACCACCAACACAACUGAAUUGCAGACCACCUACAAUACUACUGGCGUGGAUGAUGUCGUGUACAAUGUCGGGUACUCGAUGAUCCAAGUCGCCAUUGGUAUCGCAGUUGGCCUCUCACUCAGUGCCAUUCUCGUCUACCCUCUUGGAAAGAGACGAAGUGGUCUCUUUAGCUUUUAA